AGAAUCUCUGAGUCAGGGUCCCCAUCCAGAAUCUGCUAGUCCCUCCGUCUCCAUCUCCUACUCAACCACGAAUUUCCGAAUAAAACCAGCAAAAUUAGAGGAGGAGUGACUAUUUCCUAAUUGCGACCCGAACAUAUAGAUUAGAUUAUGUUAGAUUAGAUUAUUUUCGGGGUAUGAGUUAGAUCACCGAUGCAAUCCUGGAUUUUCCACAGAACCAGAAAGGAAAGAUUGCCAAAAAAAAAAUCACAGGAUCCGAUUUGUAAAGAUUUCCAAAAUUUUUUUUAUAGAUUUUCCUAUUUUUACUUUCUCAUAAUUUUAUAAAUUCGCACCAUUGGAGGAUGAAAGAGGAGAAAAGAAGUGGAGCGAAGAGAGCGUGCGCGGAGAUCAAAAGAGUUCAAUGGAGGAGGGAACGGUAUUCGAUUCAGACUGGGCCCCAGUCAUGGCAGACAUCGCACAUCCUUUCGACCAAUUCUUUGCGGAGAAUCCGGCUAUUUUGAUACCAACAGUUCAACAUGAUACAGCAAGGAAGAGAUCGUACUCGGAGCCCUCGAGUUACACAGGCGGAUCGGAGACCACAAAAGAUACCGACACUAGUGCUGAAGAAAGGCAAUUAAGAAGGAAGUUGGUGAAUCGGGAAUCAGCAAGACGAGCGAGGCAGAGGAAGCAAGAGUUUGUUGCUGAGCUUCAGCAAAAAAUAACAGAAAUGCAUAUCAAAAAUGAAGACCUGAAAGUGAAAUAUGAAGCAUCAGCUCGAAACUACGAACAAGUUCUUGCUGAGAAUACGACCUUCAAAGCUCAGAUAAAAGACAUGCAUGGCGCAUAUGAAGACCUGAAAGUGAAAUAUGAAGCAUCAGCUCAAAACUACGAACAAGUUCUUGCAGAGAAUAUGACCAUCAAAGCUCAGAUAAAAGACAUGCAUGUUGCAUAUGAAGACCUGAAAGUGAAAUAUGAAGCAUUUGCUAGAAACUACGAACAAGUUCUUGCCGAGAAUAUGACCUUCAAAGCUCAGGAGAAGAGAAAUAAAGAUGGGGAGAAGAUGAGUGCUCCAAUGCCAACUAACCUAAAUCACAUUCAGAAAUCGGCCUGUGGCAAGCAGAGCUACUUGGAGUUGUUGCAAAAUGAUGAUCUUGAUCCAUUUGAACUUGGAACCAUAUUUGAUUGGUAG